AAUGUGUUUUCUGUUGUUGUGUCUACAGAUACACAGAUUGUGUCCACAGUGAGUCAUGUGUCUGUAAAGCAAGGAGGCUCCAUCACCAUCCCAUGUCUCCAUGAUCAGAGCUAUAGAAACAAUGUGAAAUACUUGUGUAAGGAAUAUUAUUGGUUUGGUUGCUCUACUGUUGUACGCACUGAUCAUCCUAAAACCAGUGGAAACACCUCAAUCUCUGAUGACAUCAACCAGCGAAUCUUCACUGUGACCAUGACAAGUCUUAGUUCUAGUGAUUCUGAUUAUUACUGGUGUAGUGUGGAGAAGAAGAAUGAGGGAGAUGAUGGGGCUAGACUGCAGAUAUCUGUUACUCCAGGUACUCCAGAACUUUAUGUGGACCAACAAGAGAUGACUGGAGUUGUAGGAGGGAGCGUCACCGUGCUCUGUUACUAUAGUUCAUAUGGACGCCGCGGGAGGUGGUGCAGGAUGGGAGGCUCUUGUGUGGCUGUGGGAAGUUCUGGAGCUUUCGAUGGAACAGUUGUGAAGUUAGUGCAGGAGCAGAGAGAAACCACCAACGGUUUUGUCUUAACGGUGACUAUGAGUGGAUUGAUGAUGGAGAACACUGGCUGGUACUGGUGUGAAAAGGGAAAACUACAGAUGCCUGUUCAUAUCACUGUCAAUCAACCAACCACAACACAGAGCACCACCACAAACAGGGACAAUGUUGUAACUAAUGAGAACACAGAUGAGAAGCACCAGAGUUUGCUGGAAGGCCUGUUAAUUCCUCUGAGCCUGUUGGUGGUGUUGAUAGCUGGUACCUUGGUCACAUGGAAGAUGUUGAGAAAACAUAAGGACAAGAAGGCAAAGGACCAACCACCAAACACCUCAGUACAGUCUGCUGACCCUGAGCAGGACAUUACCUACAGCACUGUGAGUCACAUCAGAGGAUCAACACAACAGGACCUGAACCCUGAGAGACAUGGUGACUUGUACAGCACUGUGAUUCCUAAGCAGCACAGGACAGCACAAAAGGACCUAAACCCUGAGAGACAUGGUGACUUAUACAGCACUGUGAUUCCUAAGCAGCACAGGACAGCACAAAGGCAGGACCCAUUUCCGGAUGAUGCAGUCACAUACAGCACCGUGGUCACCAAGAACAAGACCCAACCAAAUAACCAGCUUGUGGUCUACAGCACAGUGGCCCAACACCAGAGAUACAGUAGGUCGCAAAGUACCAGACGCAAUGUUGAAUGUUAA